UUUGUUCGGUCGGUUCAUCUAACAGAGACAAUACAAAAAUCAAUGACAUAAGAUAAACCGGCAUUUGAAUUUACACAGUAACUCGUUUACUCGGUAUUGCUGCGGAAGUGAAUAAUUGGAGAAAAGCAUUGCGCGAUUGCACCAAUGUUUUGAACGAUUACCGGUUGAGCAGUUGCGCCAGUGUGUUGCAAUGUACGAAUGCCGCCGCAUUGGCUUGCUGGUUUUCGUGAAUAAACGGAUAUGUAAAUAACAUCGGAAUUGUUGUUCAUCGCGUCCAGGCGUCUGCACGCACGUGUUAUUCACACGGUAUUACUAACAAGUGAAUUUUGGCACGCCUGCAUUGCUGGAUCUUCAAGUUAUCUGGAUACUUGACGAUGGAAAAUCGAAGGUUGAUUGACGACGGAGACUAUAUUGAUGACACAAUCGAUGUUGAAGUUAGGGAUCCAGCCUCAAGUAGAAGUACUUCACAGAAAGAAAAAGAAUCUGUCAAGUCUGUUCCUUACUACAGACUGUAUCGUUAUGCCGACUGUUUGGACGUUUUUAUGAUAAUUCUUGGCACAAUCACAUCCAUAGUUCAUGGCACUGGGCUUCCUUUAUUGAAUAUAUUCUUCGGAACAAUUACAAAUUCUCUCACAGAAUAUGGCAAGUUUCAGACAUGUCACUUCAACUACACUAUGUGUAUAAAUAUGGGACUCUAUAAUGGUACUGAAACGCAAUUUGAUAAAGAUGCAGCAAAAGCAGAAGAUUUGGAAGGAAAUGCUGUUGCUUCAAUUGUUUAUCUCGCGUACAUAGGAGCUGGUGUUUUUGUUUGUGCUUCAUUGCAAGUUGGAACAUUCUGCUUUCAAGCAUCUAGACAAACAAAUAAACUCAGAGUUGAAUAUGUGAGAUCUGUUCUGCGACAAGACAUUGGUUAUCAUGAUUUGAAUUCUUCUGGAGAAAUCAAUUCUAGACUAUCAGAUGACAUAAAGAAGAUUUAUGAUGGAAUGGCCGAUAAAUUGUCAAUUUCUAUUCAAAAUUUAGCUAUGAUAGGAGCUGGUACCACCAUCGCUUUCCUGCAUUCAUGGAAACUCUCACUUGCAACAUUGGCAGUUGCUCCUCUUAUAGUUAUAUGGACUGCUUUGGUCUUUCGUUUGACAGUCAAGUAUACUGCAAAAGAAUUAGAUGCAUACGCCGGGGCAGGUUCAGUUGCAGAGGAAACAAUAUCCGCUAUUCGUACUGUAGUUGCUUUUGGAAUUCAAGAAGAAUGCCAGGAGAGGUAUUCAUCAAAGCUAAAGGAGGCCAAAGUUAUGGGAAUCAAAAAAGGUUUUGUAACAGGCCUAAGUCUUGGAUUUCUCUAUUUUUCCAUGUUUUCAAUGUACGCCAUAUCGUUUUGGUAUGGAAUCGUACUCAUUCUGGACCCCAAUGAAGAUCUAAAUGCUGGUGAUAUGGUCGUUGUGUUUUUCAACAUUCUCAUGGCUGCAUUUGCUCUUGGCACUAUUGGAAGCAACAUGGAAUAUUUUUCAUCUGCAAAGGCAGCUGCAUAUAAAGUAUUCGAAGUUGUUGACCGAGUUCCUCCGAUAGAUAUAUUUUCCAGUGAAGGACUGAAACCUGAUAUCAAAGAUGGUGAAAUCACAUUUAAAAAUGUCAGAUUUUGUUAUCCUUCAAGACCCGAAGUCGAGGUUUUGAAGGGCAUAAGUUUCACCGUUGAGAAGGGCCAAACUGUAGCUUUGGUUGGUCAAAGCGGUUGUGGAAAAAGUACAUGUGUCAGUUUGAUUCAAAGAUUUUAUGAUGUUGCGUUGGGAUCAGUUGAGAUCGAAGGUGUUAAUGUUCGUCAUAUAAAUGUAAAAUGGUUGAGAGACAAGAUAGGAGUUGUGGCACAAGAGCCUGUAUUAUUCAAUACAACUAUUGCUGAAAAUAUAAGAUGGGGAAGAGAAGGCGUCACACAAGCUGAAAUUAUAAGAGCUGCCAGACAAGCUAAUGCAUUGGACUUUAUCAACUCAUUACCUAAGAGAUUCGACACUUUAGUUGGUGAAAGUGGUGGUCAAAUGAGUGGAGGACAAAAACAAAGAAUAGCAAUUGCUCGAGCGAUAGUUCGGGAUCCAAAAGUAAUGUUACUAGAUGAGGCUACAUCAGCUUUGGACACUGAAAGUGAAUCCAUAGUACAAGUUGCGCUGGAUAAAGCAGCUGCAGGACGUACUACCAUUGUAAUCGCUCAUCGCUUGGCAACGAUUCGAAAUGCUGAUAAAAUUGUUGUCUUCGAUGGAGGUGAAAUUGUUGAGGUUGGAACACACGCCGAGUUGAUGCAAAUUGACGAGGGAGUUUACGCAAAUCUCAUUAACAUGCAAACCGUCAAUACAGAUAAAAAUGCAAUAUCUCCUAUACCAGAAGAUGGAGCUCAUCGUACACUUCACACUCAAGUAAGCGUCAAAUCUGCCAGAAAAUUGAGACGACGAAUGUCUUCAAUGUCGUCUGCUUCAUCUCAUCCUGAUCAUGAUGUUUAUGAGGAUGGUGAGACAGAGAUAGAGGAAGAAGAAGAGGAAGAUCUUCCUGACGCUUCUAUCAAGAGGAUGUUGAUUCUUAACAGGCCAGAAUGGUGUUAUAUUAUUUUUGGAUGUUUCUUUGCAUUCAUUGCGGGCUCUAUUGAUGCUUUGACUUCAUUGAUAUUUCCGCAAGUAUUUACCAUAUUCACCAUCGGAGGUAAAGAACAACAAUUACAUCAAGCUAUGAUUUAUGCAAUGAUGUUUCUAGGACUUGGAGGUCUAGCACUGCUCAGCUACACAACUGAGGGUGGAUUGUUUUCCAAAUCUGGCAUGGAGUUGACGACGAGACUUAGGAAAAUAGCAUUCAAAACAAUGCUACGACAAGAUAUUUCUUAUUUUGAUGAUCACAGGCAUAGUACCGGUGCUCUUGCUACUAGACUGGCUACCGAUGCAUCAAGGGUACAAGGAUGUACUGGUAUCAGAUUAGGAAGCAUCUUGAAAAAUUUGUCAGCACUUGGUGUUUCUAUUGGAAUCGGCUUUGCUUUUGGUUGGAAAUUGACACUUGUGUCUCUGGCAUUCAUUCCUUUUGUCAUUGUCGGUGGAUUUUUGGAAAUGUCUUUGCUUGUUGGUGAAGGCGAAAAAGAGAAACAAGCUUUUGAGGAUGCUGGUAGAAUAGUUUCAGAAGCGACACAGAAUAUCCGUACUGUCGCAUCAUUGACAAAAGAAGAAACUAUUUGUCUCUUGUACAAACAAAGAUUAAAAGUACCAGCCAGGAAUGCUAAUAAAAAAGCAUUAAUAACUGGUCUUGGGUAUGGAUUCGCUCAAUGCGUUUUCUAUUUUGGAUACGCCGGAAUACUGAGAUAUGGAGUUUUUCUUGUGGGGAAAAAUGAAAUGGAAUUCGAGAAUGUGUUCAGGGUUUUGUUUGCGAUUAUCUUUGGAGCGAUGUCUGCUGGUCAAAACAGCUCAUUUGCUCCUGAUUAUGCAGAAGGCAAGGUUUCUGCGAAAAGAAUGUUCAAACUUUUUGACAGUGUUCCCAGUAUUGAUAUUUAUGAUGAGAAUGGACAUGAACCGCACAAUUGCAAAGGAAAUAUUGAGUUUAGGAGUGUUCAGUUCACAUAUCCUACAAGACCCGAUUUAUUGGUUUUGAAAGGAUGCGAUUUCCAAGUACCAUCUGGUUGUACACUUGCUCUAGUUGGACAAUCAGGUUGUGGAAAAUCUACAUGUAUUCAACUUAUUGAAAGAUUUUAUGAUGCGGUGGAAGGAGAAGUAACGCAGGAUGCAUGUGAUGUCAAAAAUCUCAGAGUAACGUGGCUUCGACAACAAAUUGGGAUUGUUUCUCAAGAACCAGUUCUAUUCGAUAUGACUAUCAAGGAAAAUAUAUUAUUCGGGGAUAGAACGAGGUCAUAUACAGAUGAUGAAGUGAAAACAGCUGCAGUUAAUGCUAAUAUUCAUGACUUCAUUACUUCUUUGCCCGAGGGUUAUGAAACGAAGGUUGGAGCCAAAGGUGGCCAAUUGUCCGGUGGUCAGAAACAACGAAUUGCUAUUGCGAGAGCUUUGUUGAGAAAACCAACUAUAUUAUUACUGGAUGAAGCAACAUCUGCAUUGGAUACAGAAAGUGAAAAGAUUGUACAAGAUGCAUUGGACAAAGCAAGAGAAGGCAGAACGUGUAUCAUAGUGGCUCAUCGAUUGUCCACUGUGAAGAACGCAGAUAUAAUAGCCGUAGUGGACAAUGGCCAAAUCGUGGAAACUGGAACACACGAAGCUUUGAUCAAACGAAGAGGAGCUUAUUAUAGCCUUGUAAAUGCUCAGUUGACUCACAAGGAGGAAGAAUGAUUCAUUGUGAUGUCAUACACUGUCGAAAAGACUUUUGAAUUCGUAUGCACUUUUGAUGUGACGUUUUCAUCCAUCACAUGUCAAGGAUCAUCUGGCUCACAGACAGAGCAUGUUUUCCUAUUUUUUUACAAUCGUAGUUGCUUAAUUUGAUUUUAGAGGCAAUGUGUUAUAUUGAAAAGAGUUCAAUCAUUUUAUUAUACGUCUAUGAAAUUUUUGAUCAUUUCAAAUCAAAUUAUUUGCACUAACUGAGUGUACUGUAUUUAACUCUAUUCAUUUAAUCAGUUUACUCAAUUUCUUUUAACAUAUACUUUGUACCAUAUUAGUUUGUAAGUUAGGUGAAAAUUUAUGUUCACACAUUAUGCUUUAUUGUAGUCUGGCUUAUCUAAAUUGGUUUUCAACACGUACUUAUCCCUCCAUGCAUUAGUAUAAUUAAAUAUAUAUGAAGUUAAUUUCAGUUUGUGCUAAUUCUUAUGAAUUCUUAUUAUACCUAGCGCUAUUUUAUGUCUCUCAUCUGAUUUCCACCAAUAGAUUUAUUUUACAAUAUUAAUCGAGCAUGUUCCUAGUAUAAAUGUCCACUGUACUACUAUUCCAUAGAAAAUUUUAGCUAAUUUGUUGCUAGGUUCAAUCAAACAC